AUGGCCAGACUUUCACACCUCCUAUCUCUUCUACUAUUCUCUUCUAGAAUUGUAUCAGCAGCAGAGCAGAAAUGCUAUGGCCUCAACGGUCAACCGCAAGAGGAGGGAUUCGGACCAUGCAAGACCGGUACGCGUCACAGUGGCUGUUGUGCGAUCAACAGACCAGCGGGCUCUGUUGAUAUUUGCCUCGACAAUGGACUGUGCAUGGCCACAGGCGAAGGCUAUAUGGGUACGAUAUGGCAGUCUGGAUGUACAGAUCCGACUGGCCAAGAUCCUGCCUGUCCAAAACUAUGUCCCGAUGUGAGAGACAACUUCGGAGGCCUUAAGAAAGUCUUUGCCUGGAAUAUCCAAACCUGCGAUUUCGGCAAAUACUGCUGCCGCGAAGUGGGCGACUCCAGGAAUUGUUGCAACAAUGCAACUGCACCACAGAUCGAAACAAACUUCAUCGGCGCCUUCCAAUUUCCUACUUCUACCGCUGGUAUCCCUUCUUCAUCAUCGAUAUCAUUAGCUACAACGACUUCAGCUAAACUGUCUGCGACGCCAACGCCGGACGCAACACGGACCUCCGAGAUUGUCGGAGAAGCCGUAUCAACAGGCACGCCAUUCGCCCAGGAAAGCACUACCUCUCAGCCACAAACGACCUGCAAGCCUGACAAAAGCGCGGUUGUUGGGGGCGCAGUGGGUGGCAUACUAGGUGCCGCUCUUCUCGGCAUGAUGGGAGUCAUCAUGUGGAUGCACAGGAAGGAGAAGAGACAGCGAAGGCUUAAAGAGCAUUACGAAGAGCAGUUCGGCCAAAACUUUGCGUACAAGAGGACGGUCGUUGUGGAUACAGAGUCGAGCGAGCUCUUGCAGCUUCCUACAAGUCCAACGAGCGAGAAGCCAAUCAUCAUAGAACAACAGGGUAGGGCUGGGUAACGUCCAUAGCUAUGGGGUAUUUUUAUGUGUACUUUUACUUUUGUCUGUCGAUUUAGCGUAAAAAUAUUAUUAGCGGGAUAAAGGGGGGAUGGAUGGUAAUUGUUGCCAGGAGUUAAAGGAUGAUAUCGCAUGCUUGAAUUUAUGUUUUGCUAUGCGGUAACUCGACGACCUUUGCCCGCCUUUGCUUCUAUGACGAGACUAAUUGCUCACAUAGACCUUCGU